AUGCCCCUCCUUUUUACUGUCAUUUGGAUUGCAGAAAAUGGUGUCUUUAGGAGUGCCCAAGCGUACCAAGAUUAUAUGAUGCAGCUGCCAAUCCCAACCAAACGUGGUGCUAUCAUUCCAUUUACCUCGUGGAGUGGAUUUGGUGAUUCUACGAAACAACUAUACAAUCAGCCUCUGCAUUACCUCACAAAUGUCUACCUGAAGCAGCUGGAUCGAAACAGGAUUGGUGCUGAUGAUGCGAACGAAAGACUUGAUACUAUUAUUCAUCCAGCCAAAGCUGAAGUUUUCCUCUGGAUGACGGAACAAACUCACAGGCUCACUACUUCUCCACAUCAGCUGGCUACACUCUGGCAAAAAGACCCCAUGUACAAGGCUGAUAUCGAUGCCUGUGCCCCUCUCUCUACUAAUCCAAUUUAG